GCAAAGCAGCUGAGGAGGAGAAGGAACAGCGAGAACGGCGAAAACAGCGAAAGCAGAGACCAAGCAGCAAACUAGCAAACUAGCCUAAAAGGACGACGAAGACGACGAAGAGGACAAGGAUGAAUGCUAGAGUCUCGAAAUCCGAGAAAACCUCGGCCAUCCAACCUUAAACGACCCAUUUUAGUCCCGCAUCUCGGCCUUCAUGUCGGAUAUUUCCGAUUCGCCCUUGGGACCCGCGUCACCCGGGUCAGCCGUGUCGGCCGGGUCAGCCAGGUCGAGGGCCACGAUCGGAGCUGAGUUGGAGCGAGCGCCCUCGGCUGCCGAGGAGGGCGAAGUGGUGGCAGCGGGCUUGAAUAUCGUGGCGGAUUACGUGUCGGACGUGAGUUCCGUGGACUUGUCCGGACCGGAGGACGGUGAAUGCGAUAGCGAUCCGGCACCUGCCUUGACCGGAGCCGAGUUGCCCGUGUCCAGUCGGCCCAUUAGUCCGGCAGCGCCCAGUGAGUUGGUCAUUCUCCCGCCCACUCAGUUCAACGACCAUCCCAUCUCGCCCCCGGAUUUGCCUUCGCGGAGGAUCUUGUCGCCGGCGGCCGAGAUCAUUAACUCGCCCGAAGUCUCACCUAUCGAGAGCGAGGACGAGCCGUUGCCGUUGGCUUUGGAAGAAGAAGACGAAGCGGAGGAGGGUGAGGCUCCGGUGGAGAACUCGGUGGCACCACCGCCCAACGAGGUUCAAAGUCCAAAUAUGAAUCGCCAUCACUCGCCUGCUCCGCGUGUGCCGCGGAAUCCCUUGGCCGAUUUUCGGACCGAGAGCGUCUCACCCGUGCCUUUGUCUUCGUCCGGCGGGCAUCAUAAGAACGGGCGAGGCAAGAAGAAGAAGAGUAAGAAGGAGAAGAAGAAGAGCAAAAAGAAGAAGCGGAAACACCACGAUCACGAUCCUGCCCACAUUGCUACUGCCGCCAGUCCUUUGGGCAGUCCGGUCAGUUCGGAUAAUAACGAUUUUGGGCCGGGUGUGGGCGCGCCUAGUCCUGUGUCCUCGCCCGAGGCCCGCCACGCCCGUCGGGUGAGUCGACCGCUGGCCGGAGAACCCCCCUAUGUCCUGGAUCAAGAAGAGGAACAUGAGCUCCCGCCUUUGAUGCCGGACGCGGGCGGAUAUCGACGAUCCAAGAGCCAGAGCAACGGGCGCUCCAUCUCGCCCGAGAUUGGGUCCCAUUACCGUCGAAGACCGCCCCGUACCCCGCCCGAACCGAUCGAUAGCGAUAGCCGACAUUCAUACAGAAGUGGAGCCAAAACGCCCGUUUAUGGCGACUCCAAGCCGCCCUCACCGCCCGAGCCCUAUCCCGGCGAUGACGAGCAUUGUCCGGAAGACAUGGUUGUAGAUAGGGUAAGUCCGGGCGGGCCUGGUGGGCCGCGCACCCCACCCAUGAUGCCUAUGGGUCGUAUGUCCGCGGGGCCGAGAACUCCCCCUUCCGAGACGCCACCUGGCUCGCCUUACACAGCCGGAAGGAAUAGCAAACGUCGGAGGUCCCCGCCCCCGCUCGAUGACAUGGACAUCACGCCGCCCAAGCGAUCCAGACGGUCACGUGACCGUUCUCGAGAUCGGCGGCGAAAGCGCUCGCCAGACAGAUAUCGUUCUCCUGGACGUCGUGAUAGGCGGGACUCCAGGAGUCCGUACUCGGCUAUGCGAAGACAUUCAGAUUCCCGGUCUCCUCCGUCUCGAAAUCGUCGGAGUGGUCGUCGAUCGCCUCGUCAUUCGCCCAUUCGAGAAUCCAGUCGUGAUUAUCGAGGUCAUCGGGGCGACUCGUCGACGCGACGGGACCGCAGUAAUCGCAACCCUGUUCCGAGUAGCAAUCCUCCUCGUGAAAUGUCCAACAUGCAAGCCACUACUCUCUUCGCCGAGAUCCUGAAGAAGAAGCACCUACGAGAAAAGCUUCAACAGAGACAAAGUUUGAGACGCGAGAAGAGUAACGAAUUGACUGUUCUGGACGAUAAAUCCCAAAGCCCUUUUGGCUCAGGUCGCAUAGCGCCGUCUCAAAUGAAUGCCGGUCAUCCCUACAAUAGCAUACCGGUCGGGGUCCCGGCUCCACUUCUCCCGGUUCAAUCGACGCCCAAUCGUCUUAUGCCUCAAACAGCUCACCCGCAGGCCAAUGGAGAUUAUGCGGGCAGACCCUCCACGGGCCAUACGGCGGGUUCCAGUCAAGGGUCAACUCGCCCGCCCUUACCUGGGAGUGGAAUCAAACCUCAUAGACCAAGUGUUGGUGGAAUGCUUCAACUUGCAACGACUAGUGGAGAAAAGGGACCUCCGACAAAGGGUGCCCUUCCACUACCCCCGGGUUCCACGGACGUGGCCCUCGUCAAAGAUGCGUCGGCCUCGAAACAGGUGGGAGGUCCGACGAAACGCAGGUCCAAGAUCCUCAACAUGCCCAUGCCUCCGGUGUCGACGUCGCCCUCUCAAGAUGACGAGGCCACCAAUGGCAAAGGGGGCGGGAAGCGACGCAAGCCCAAGGUGAUUGGCAAGCUCCCGCCCACCAAGAUGUCCGAGGACGGUACGGAUUGGGGGGAGCGUUGUAUCGAUCUGUAUGAGAUCGUGGACAAAGUGGGCGAAGGCACCUACGGUGAAGUGUUCAAGUCCGUGUUCAAGAACUCCAUGGAGACGGACACGCAGGAGCAGUUCGCGCUCAAGAAAGUGCGCUUGGAGAACGAGAAGGAGGGCUUCCCAAUCACGGCCGUGCGCGAAAUCAAGAUCCUGCGCCAAUUGCGCCACAAGAACAUAAUCAAUCUCAAAGAGAUCGUGACCGACAAACAAGAGGCCGUGGAUUUCCGCAAGGACAAGGGCUCAUUCUACUUGGUGUUUGAGUUCAUGGACCACGACCUCAUGGGCCUGCUCGAUUCGGGCUUGGUGGACUUUAGUGAGAAGCUCAAUGCCUCCAUUAUGAAACAGUUGCUGGACGGCCUGAGCUAUUGUCAUAACCGCAAUUUCCUUCAUCGUGAUAUCAAGUGCUCCAACAUCCUCAUCAACAAUCGGGGCCAAGUCAAGCUGGCCGACUUUGGAUUAGCCAGAUUAUACAAUGCCGAGGACAAGCAGCGCCCAUAUACGAAUAAAGUGAUCACCCUGUGGUAUCGACCCCCGGAGCUCCUCUUGGGCGAGGAACGCUACGGUACCUCCAUUGAUGUCUGGUCUUGCGGAUGCAUCCUUGGAGAGCUCUUUGUCAAGAAGCCAUUGUUUCAGGCCAAUGAGGAAUUUGCUCAGCUCAUGGUGAUAUCUCGUCUCUGUGGGACGCCUUGUCCGGCCAACUGGCCGAAUGUGAUCAAUUUGCCCGGCUUUGCUCAUCUCAAACCCAAGAAACAAUAUCGACGUCGUGUGCGCGAGGAGUUUGCACCCAUCAUGCCCAACUCGGCCCUCGAUCUAUUGGAUCGUAUGCUCGCCCUGGAUCCGGCCAAGCGGAUAUCCUCCUCGGAUGCCCUCAAGUGCGAUUGGCUCCGAGAUGUUGAUCCAUCCAAAAUGCCUCCGCCCGAACUUCCGCAGUAUCAAGAUUGUCACGAGCUUUGGAGCAAGAAACGUCGACGCCAGCAACGGGAACAGCUGGCAGCGGCCACCACCUCCUCCACCACCAACAACACCACUGCCAAUACCUCGUCGUCCUCUUCACAAGGCCCCGGGGGUGGUGGGCCCUCGGGCACGGAUUCCGGCCCGCAAGGCUUGAAUACCGAUGGCAGCAGUGCCAAAAACUCGGUGUCCGCACCCAGCUCCGAUAAACUCAAUGAGGAUAGCAUGCCAGGAGUGUUUGGGACGUCCUCCGUCUCACGUUCUACGAAUUCGGCGGCGACUUCUCCUUCUGCCACUUCCUCGCUCUCCACGGGUGCUUCGUUGCGGCUCCUCGUCCCAAGUCAGAAUAACAGCAUUUCAUCGCACCUCAGCACGAUUCAGCGUCAUCUGGAGGGUGGUUUCUCGUUGAAGGUCGAGUCCUUGCUUGGUCUUCAGCUGACUGAUGAGGCUACCAAAGAUCCCUUGGUUCAGGGUAUGGUGGAAUCGCUUAUCAAUCAGCUAAAACGUGCCUCGGAUCUUCAAGCCAAUAACAGAUUGGACGACGAAAACGCUGCCAAAUUGGACCCAAGUGCCAUUGUGAUAUCGGGCCCCAACUCUCAAACCAAUGGGGAUCAGGAGAAUCAGACACGAAAAGAGGAUGAUCUGUUGACCGUUGGGGUUUCUUCGGCUUUAGUGAGACUCUUCGAGCAUCAUCAGCUUUCCGUGCCGAAGGAUCUAUUGGCCAUGCUGUGACGUAAAGGGAAUUUCAAAAUGAAAAAGAUAACCUUCUUUGUUAUUGUAUUCCUUGGCUGACCAAUUGCCUUGCGUAUGAAUAGCACCUGCAAUCUAUUUGUCAUCCAAAGCCGAAUCUAGUUUCGCACUCCGAUAUGA